CGAUUUGGGUUUAGUUUACAACGGAAAGCACAAAUCAACGGUCGUGAAAAUCGAGCAAAGCUCCGUGCGAAAAACGCUGAAAUUCGUCGAACGAAAUUGAUAUCGAGCGUUUACCUGGAUUAAAGCGGAAAUCAGCGAAAUUCAGUGAUUUUCCAAAGCGCGCGAGUGUGUGUGUGUGUGAAAAAUCCGCUUCAGAGCAGUCUGGAAAUUUCAAACCCACAGCCAAGACAAACUUUGACGGUAACCACGGACACUUCGCCAGGAAUAUAGUAACAUCCGCACGUUGAUGGCUGCCACCAAAAUCAUAGAUGCGCCGCGCAACGGCCACGAGAUGGCGCCACUGAACACACGGGCACGUGGCGAUGGCACCCAUGGAGUGACCAUCGUACUCACUGCCCCCCAGCGCAACUCCGUGCAAUCGGUGGACAUACCGGGCAAUGAGCCGGAACGUGCCGCCUGGAGCGGCAAGAUGCAGUUCUUCCUCAGCAUCAUCGGUUACUCGGUGGGCCUCGGCAAUAUCUGGCGGUUUCCCUACCUGUGCCAACAGAACGGCGGCGGUGCAUUUCUGAUACCCUUCAUGGUUAUGCUGAUACUGGAGGGCAUACCGCUGUUCCUAAUCGAGUUGGGAAUCGGCCAGCGGAUGCGAUUGGGUGCCUUGGGUGUGUGGAACACCAUCCAUCCCUGGCUGGGUGGCAUCGGCAUCUCGUCGUGCAUAGUGACGCUCUUUGUGGCUCUGUACUACAACGUGAUCAUCACGUGGGUGUUCUUCUACCUCUUCAACAGUUUUCGCUAUCCGCUGCCCUGGUCAUCUUGCCCCUUGAACGGCACCGGUUUUGAGUUGGAGGAGUGCGCCAAAUCGUCGGAGACGACGUACUUCUGGUACCGCACCACCUUGGAUGCAGCGCCCUCCAUGGAUGAGCCCGGUGGCCUCAAGUGGUGGAUCGUGCUCUGCCUGAUGCUGUCCUGGACCAUUGUCUUCUUCAUCGUGAUGAAGGGCAUCCAAAGCUCCGGCAAGGUGGUCUACUUCACCUCCCUCUUCCCCUACAUCGUGCUGACCAUCUUCUUCAUUCGCGGCAUCACGUUGCGAGGCGCGGGCGCCGGACUGAUGCACAUGUAUACGCCGAAGGUGGAAAAGUUACUGGAGCCCACGGUUUGGCUGGACGCGGCCACGCAGGUCUUCUACUCCUUUGGCCUGGCCUUUGGAUCUCUGAUCGCCUUCGGCAGCUACAACACGCCCAAGAACAACUGUGUGCGGGAUGUGCUCCUGGUGUCCGUGUGCAAUGCGGUUACGGCCAUCUACGCCAGCGUGGUUAUCUUUGCCAUUCUGGGCUUCAAGGCCACCGUCAAUGUGGAUCGUUGUAUAGCCAGUAACACGGAAAUCCUGGUGAAGAACAAACUGCUGGGCCUGAAUGACACACAGGGCUAUGAACAAGCCAUGAAUCAACUAAAUGGCAGUGAGUUCGUCCGUUUGCAAUUGAGCGAGUGCAGCUUGGCCCACGAACUGGACAAUGCUGCUGAGGGCACUGGGCUGGCCUUCAUCGUGUUCACCCAGGCCAUCGUGGAGCUGCCCGGCGCUCCCUUCUGGGCCGUGCUCUUCUUCACCAUGCUGCUGUCGCUGGGACUGGGAUCACAGAUCGGCAUCCUGGAGGGCAUGCUGUGCACCCUCUUCGACAUUGACAUUAUCAAGCGGGUUAAGAAACAGCAUGUCACUGGCGUGGUGUGUCUCUUCUGCUUCAUUGUCGGUUUCAUCUUCUGCACAGGUGCCGGGGAGUACUGGCUCAAGAUGUUCGACUCUUUUGCCGGCACCAUUGGCCUCGUCGUGGUGGCGCUAAUGGAGAUGAUAGCCGUCAUAUUUAUCUACGGACACGAGCGCUUCACAGAGGACAUUUACCAGAUGACUGGCUACCGACCUGGUCGCUACUGGCAGUGGACCUGGCGGUACAUUGGUCCCGUCAUUAUGGUCUGCAUCCUGGUGUCUUCAGUGGUCUUUAUGGUCAUUAGGAAUCCCACUUACGGUGCUUGGAAUGCCGAUUUGGGUAUGAUUGAGCAGAAGAGCUACCCCAACUGGGUGAUGGCCAUCGCACUAUCCAUGAUCCUGGCUGGCGUCCUGCCCAUGCCCAUCGUGUUCCUCAUGCGUAGCUUCCAGUGCCUGAAGGUGGACCUCGAUAUCCAUCAAGGAUCGAUACGGCGUAACGAAACAACCGCCUCCACCAAGGAGAUGAUUGACAAUGAUGACGAUCAGGACGACGAGGAUGACGAGAACGAUUUUAGCGGUCCGGCGUUGGGUGGUCAUGUGAAGACCCAGAGCGAUUUCUCCGACGACGAGGAGGAGGACAAGCCCAUGACCAUGCGGAUGAUGAUGAUGCGUCCGACAACAACAACCAAGACAUCGAACGUGCUAAAUGUGCCAACAAGCAGAAAGAACAACUACAAGAAGGAUGCGUACGAUGUCUAGAGAAGCCACAGCUCCACUCACCAACUGGCGCAGAUAUAGAAACGGAUGCUAAGGAUACGGAUAAAGAUACAGAUGCAGAUACAGAUACAGGUAGAUGUCCAGGAACAGGUGCAGAUACAGGUCCAGGUGCGAAUCGAUACAAAAUGGCAAGUGAAAUACCAAUUCAACUGAGACGAGCGGUAAGAUGAGUGCGUGCCGAGCUGAGCGCAAACAUUUAUAAAUAUUUACUAUAAGUAUUUUAACUUAAUUUAAAACUAAACUAAGUAAUUACCAGAAUAAACCGAGUAAGCGAAAGAAUUGCAUUCGAGUGCGUAACUAAAAUUGUUAAAUCGUAUUUUAACACAAACUGAACUAAGCCCAAAACUAAACUAAAUUUAACAAAACAGUGUACGAGUACAAUGUGCAGCAGGAGGAGGAUAGGUAUUAUCUAAAACGGGUUGCAAAUGAUUUAAAUUCGAUUAUGUAGCAUUUAGUUGGAAUGCUUAAAGCUUUACCCUUAGACACUCGAACACACAAAAUGCAAAACUGAAAGUAUUUCCGACUCCUCUCCCAAACCCAAAAUCCCCCAACAAACCCCCACAAUUUUCCCCAUCCUGCGGAGAAAGCUCUUCGACGGCAAACGCUUAUAGUCGACUUAGCCAGCGCAUUUCCAACGAGUUAAACUCAACAUUUAGUUUUAGUAGAGAUCUGCCGUUUUUAUUUCAAUCUCAAGUAGAACUCAACAAACCUACAAUUAAUAUAUGUAUGUAUGUAAUCUAAAAGGAGUUACACGAUUUACAAUUACUUUAAACUUUUAAACUGGUUAAGAGCGUUGAGACACAAUAUUAACACUUCGAGUUCUAGUUGAGUUAAACAAAUACCUAUACUUACUAAUACUGAUUAGAGAAUGAUACAUGGAAUGUGUGAUAUUCUAAAUAAUAUCCUCAAUGUUUAGCUUUAAAGACUAUUCAUCCACUAUCCAAACCCAAAGACUCACCCACUCAAACUAUUUCCCCCGUUGAAAAACCACUCAAAAAGAAAGUAUUUUCCCACACUGACAAGAGCUAAACAAAAUAACAAAUCAAGAAUUAUAAACUGCUGUGAAUAGUUUUAGUGGUUGUAAAGUUCUAUCGAAGAAGGGAAACCAUAAAGCGUUUAAUAUUUAACUAGUUGUUAAGCGGCACCCCAUUGUUUACUUCAGUUCACUGCACAGAAUACCUAGAAAGAAAGUCCUUUUUCAUACUUCCAUAUUUCCGAUUCGGUUUCCGCAAAAUGGUUAUCACACAAAACCCUCCCCCCCAAACUUUCUCUUAUUUCGGUAAGGCGAAGGCAAGUGCAACACUGAUAUCUGAAAAAUGAAAAAUGCUAACUGAAAACUGGUAAAUGAAAAAUGCUAAAUGAAAAAUGCAAACUGAAAACUGACAACUGAAUCAAAACACAUGGAAUUUCGAAGUACUCAAAGUCAAUGCAAAAGGACGGACGACAGAACGUUGAAGACAAUAAGACAAAUAUAGAAAUAUACUUAUGAUAUAUGGCCCGUCGAGUUUAGAGAGAUUUGUAGUCAUCGACGUGGUUGAUUUCCCCAUAGCAGAGCAGGAAUUUUUCCAUUUAUAACUCGUUUUUUUUUUCUGUGGGAGAUUUGUAUCCAUUUUGUACACCGCCAAUCAAAAGCAGUUCCAAUCGAGGAUCCGAUUAGCCAUCAGAUUUAUAUGUACGUUUACACAAUUGUAAAGUAAGAGGCCCCCAAAACAGUUAGUUGCCCCUUCCCCCACCUUAUCCAUAUUAUCCAUGAAUAAAGUCGAAUCCUCGCAAUGCAAACGCAAAUGCAAAUGCAACCGAAACCGAAACCAAAUACAUAGUACCAAGCCUAAUUGUAUAGUUUACUUGUUUACGCCACUAAAUAUACGAACAUUAAAUCUAUAUAUACAGUACAUAAUAAUCUAUAUACCUAGCUCUACUAUAAAUAUUGUAUAUCAAUUAUUGUCGUAGUGCUAAAGACCCGGACUCGUGUAAAUUUGAAUGUAUUAAAAACAACAGACACUGCAACGUGAAGAAUACUUAUAUGAAACAUUAUUGUACCGUACGCAAGAAAUUAUUAUUAAUAAACAUAUUUCAUGAUUAGUGCGUUAAGUUGAAGAAGAGCAAAAGGA